UCCAAGCCCGUGUCCAGAGAUUCACGAUGUGGCCAGGACCAUAAGCAUCAAACUUGCCAGGGCAGUGCGUGGGGUAAUUGCUGCUCCAAAUAUGGAUACUGUGGAAGUACCAAGGACUACUGUGGUGCACCGUCCUGCCAAAAAGAAUUCGGCUCCUGCAAUGGA